GAGAAUGUUAUGAUUGACAGACGUGUUGAAAUUAGGAUUUGGCAAAAUAGGCGUAAGUUUGUCUUCAUUUCGAAUCUUCCUCUAGUUUAUAAUUUACAAAAGGAAGCACCUAAGCCCAUUGCUAUCAUAUGCACUUGUCCCACUGAAAGUUUUCCACAGUAUGGGGAUGUUUAUCAUGGGUCAAUUACUCGAAGUGAAACAGAGCGUCUUCUUGAAAAUGCUCCCAGCGGCUCUUAUUUGAUUCGCGCAAGCAAACGCGAAGAGGGCGCAGUCACUUUGGUUAUUCGAUUUGUGCAUAGCUUUGAUGGUCAGACGAAAAACUUUAAACUCAAUUACGACGGUGAGAAUAUGCUGCAUUAUGUCGGCGAGCAACGGUUUGACAGCGUCGAAUUAUUAGUUGCAGAUGGACUUAUCCAUUUCUAUGUCGAGUCUCGUGGUGCUGAUGUGCUGGCGAGAAUGGCAGAGGCUAGCAAUUACGAAAUGUCUCCUUAUUACAAGGCCCGCUAUCAGCUUGUACAUCCUUCAGCUGAUCGAGAUAAUUGUAUCAAACUUUCUAGCUCU